UGCUUAGAGCAUGCGCGCUGCACUCCUAGCUCAACGUCCCUUGCUUUUCACGCGUGUAGAUUCACACUUUGGGAAAGUCCGUUUAGUAGACUAAUUGUGAACAUAUAAACUGUAUUUUUCACCACUAUGGGAGGACAGGCAAAGGGAAAAAAGAAAAGCAAGCCGAAAAGGAAGGAGAACCGCCCAAACACAGAUGCAGGUUUUGUUGGAUUGUCACCUCAAGAAAGGAUGAAACUAAGAGCACGUGAAAAAGCCAAGAAGAAGACAGCUGAGAAGUACUCUGUGCAACAGCUACUAGAAAAGACAGAGGAGUGCAUGGACAGUUUUGACUUUGAGAUGGCUGGCCUUUUCUGUCAACGAGCCCUGGAUAUGGACCCCACUAACCUGCUAGCCCUAGACAUGCAGGGACACAUCUGCUCUGAACUAGGAGACACACAGAAAGCUAAAGGAGCUUUUCUGUGUGCAGUGGAACUGAGCCCAGAUGUAGGCCACAGUAAGUACAUGUAUCUGGGACAAAUCCAUUCAGGCCAGGAGGCUGUGGACUACUACACUAAAGGAAUACAAGUCCUUUUGUCGGCAUUGGACAAACAAGUGCAGACCACACAGGCUCAGGCCGGAGCUGCUAGCCCACCAGAUGAAGACACCGAGCUCCCCACAGCGAAGGAUGUUUGUGUAGCCUACUGCUCCAUGGCCGAGAUUUACCUAACAGACCUCUGUAUGGAAGAGGGAGCUGCAGACAAGUGCAAAGAUUUCAUUGAGAGAGCAUUACAGUAUUGCCAUGACAACCCUGAGGCUUUACAGCUCAUGGCAAGUUACCUAUUCAGUACAGAGAGAAACCAGGAAGGCAAAGAAUACCUGUUGAAGAGUGUUGCAUUGUGGUUACCUGCCGAGAAACCGGGUGCAGUAUCUUCCAGCACAGAGGAAGACAUGCAGAAUGAGAUUCCACCGUACGAGUCUCGCGUCACCACAGCCAAACUGCUCAUUGAGUCCGAGGAAUAUGAGACGGCGGUAGAUGUGCUGGAGGGUCUUCUGGAGGAGGAUGAUGAGGUCGUCCAGGUUUGGUAUCUCUCCGGCUGGGUGUGCUACCUCCAGUUUGAAAAAGCAAAAGAGCAGCAAGAAGUAGAGGGAAAACAAGUGAUGGAGGAGUACACGGAAGAGUGGAGGGCAUUGAAGGAGGCGGGCAGAUCAUACCUGACCAAUGCUAAGAAGCUGUACAGUAAGCUGCGAUGUGAUGACCAGCCAAUGUUGGAGCAUGUGGACCAGCUGCUAGGUGACCUGGGUGGGGAGCUGGAGGGAGAGGAGGGAGAUCCAGUGUUGGAUGAAGACUAUGAACCCUGUAGUGAUGAAGACGAGGAGGGUGAUGCAGCGGCACCCAUGGAACACUGACCAAAGCCCCCCUUGAUUCUACUCUAUGAUUUGCCUCUAGUUAAAAUGUUCAAGUGCACUCUCUGAAGUGCCUUUUGUUUCUUGCUAUCCUUUCACACCAUUUUAUAAAAGAUGAAAUUUGCAGAGGGUUGGCCGUCUGGUUUGUGUGUCAGGGGCUUUAGAGCUUUACUUCUUACCAGCAGUAAAAGCAAAACACCUUUGAAUGUUUUUACCUCUUAUACACACAUUGGUUUCUCCAAGCCAACAUACACAGUACAUGUGCACAAACUGAAAUUGUACAAAAGCUGCACAAUAAUUACUUUUACUCUGUUGAUCAAUACAGCAGCAGCAACGGAGUUUCUCUCUCAGACUGCAGUAAAGGGAAAUAUCGCAAUGGGAAGUAAGCAUUAUUAGAAAACUGUGUCUGCCAACAAACAGUCAAAGCUAUCUUUACAUAACGGUUCUAAUAUUCUAAGUUUAUAUGCCAUUCUUGAAUUUUUAUGCUAUUCAGUUUAUUCUGCUGCCUUGGUUUUUUUUUGUUAACUCAUUGGAUUCAACAAGGCAAGACACGAUAGAGAGAAUUUGACAUUAACUUAUGCAGCAUGCGUUUCUCUCUGCUAGGCUGUUAAAGUGGCUGGUACAAAGCCUUUCAGAUGGGAGAGACAGGCAACUGUCUUCUUUUUUCUUCCCCAACUAGUUUUCACAAAACAGGCUUUAAAAAUUCUCAAUCGGGGUUAUGUAUUGUAAUGGCAUGGGCCAGUGUGAUGAAAUGGCACAAUAAUGGGCCAAUGCUUUUUACUUUCUUUUACAUAUUUUACAAUUGAGUGCAGCAAGGUGAAGAGCAAGAGUUUGUACCAAGUAGACAACAGCGACACAUCGAGCUACUCUCUGUGGACAGUAAAGAAUAUAAUGUUUUAACUUCUUUUGUAACUAACGGCAAGAAACUCAUAUUGUUAGACAUUAACAACAUGAUAUGCUGUUGGUUCAGGCUAGAGAUGUCAGACUGAAUAUUU